AUGACGACCUCUUUCAAAGAGCUUUCAAGGCCUACGCGAGUGAAGAACAAAACUCCCGCAACGGUGCAAAUCACAGCCGAGCAAAUCAUCCGGGAGGCACGACAGAGCCAAGGGGCUGAGAUCCGGCCGCCUAAGCAGAGCAUUACUGACUCCGUGGAGCUUUCCGACUACAGACUCCGCCGUCGGAAGGAGUUCGAGGACCGGGUCCGCGGCAGAGGAGGUAGCAUCCAUGCAUGGAUCAAGUAUGCGCGCUGGGAAGAUUCACAGAAGGAUUACGCACGUGCUCGGAGCGUGUGGGAACGAGCCUCGGAUAUCUAUUACCGGGAACAUACGCUCUGGCUCAAGUACGCCGAGUUCGAGAUGAAGAACAAGGCGGUCAAUCACGCGAGAAACGUUUGGGACCGUGCCGUUAAGAUCCUCCCCCGCGUGGACCAGCUUUGGUACAAGUAUAUUCACAUGGAAGAGAUGCUUGGGAACAUCGCCGGGGCUAGACAGAUAUACGAGCGGUGGAUGGACUGGUCACCCGAUCAACAAGGUUGGUUCUCGUAUAUUAAAUUCGAACUUAGGUAUAACGAAAUCGACCGUGCACGAUCGCUCUACGAUAGACUCGUUCUUUGCCAUCCGAAAGUUUCCACUUACAUCCGAUACGCUAAGUUCGAGAUGAAAGGAGGUGAAACUGCGCGUGCAAGGAAUGUGUACGAACGCGCCAUCGAGGAGUUUGCAGACGAUGAAGAAAUCUUUGUGGCUUUUGCUGAAUUCGAAGAAGGCUGCAAGGAAGUGGAACGAGCUAGGUGUAUCUACAAGUUUGCUCUGGAUCAAAUUCCUAAAGGCAGAGCAGAGGGUUUGUACAAGAAGUUUGUUGCGUUUGAGAAACAGUAUGGUGAUAAGGAAGGGAUUGAGGACGCCAUCGUUGGCAAGACAAGGUUUGAAUAUGAAGAUGAAGUAAGGAAGAACCCUCUGAACUACGAUUCAUGGUUCGAUUACCUUAGGCUAGAAGAGAGUGUAGGGAACAAAGAUAGGAUCAGAGAAAUCUACGAGAGGGCCAUUGCUAAUGUUCCACCGGCAGAGGAGAAACGGUACUGGCAGAGAUAUAUCUAUCUUUGGAUUAAUUAUGCACUCUUUGAAGAGCUUGAAACUGAAGAUGUGGAGCGUACACGACUUGUAUACAGAGAAUGUCUCAAGCUUAUCCCUCACGCCAAGGUUUCUUUUGCUAAAAUAUGGUUGCUCGCUGCACAGUUUGAGAUAAGGCAAUUGAAUCUCACUGGUGCUCGGCGGAUACUAGGUAAUGCGAUUGGAAUAGCUCCAAAAGACAAGAUAUUCAAGAAAUACAUUGAGAUGGAAGACGAGCUGGGAAACGUAGAUAGGUGUAGAAAACUCUAUCAACGGUAUCUUGAAUGGUCUCCUGAGAACUGCUAUGCUUGGAGCAAGUUUGCUGAGUUAGAAAGCUCUCUAGCUGAAACAGAGCGAGCUAGAGCCAUAUUUGAACUUGCAAUAUCUCAGCCUGCUCUUGACAUGCCUGAGCUGCUGUGGAAGGCAUACAUUGAUUUUGAGAUAUCACAAGGGGAAGUAGAGAGGACACGAGCUUUAUAUGAGCGACUCUUGGACCGUACAAAGCAUUACAAGGUCUGGAUUAGUUUUGCAAAGUUUGAAGCGCAACAACAAGAAGAUGAUGUUACAGACUGCAUUAGACGUGCCAGAGCAGUUUUCGACAGAGCCAACACGUAUUACAAGGACUGCACACCGGAUCUGAAAGAAGAACGUGCGUCACUAUUGGAAGAUUGGGUGAACAUGGAGACGAGCUUUGGUAAGCUAGGAGAUGUUGAUCUCGUUAAACCAAAGCUCCCUAGGAAGCUCAAGAAGAGAAAGGCCAUCACUACUGAAGACGGUUCUACAGAGUACGAAGAAUACUUUGAUUGUGUCUUCCCAGAAGAAUCGCAGACUAAGAAUCUCAAGCUUCUUGAGGCUGCGUAUAAAUGGAAGAAACAGAGGCUUGCUGCUGUUGCUUCAUAA